GUACUCCAGUCUCGAACUAUGAAUACUCUACAAGCAAUUCCAAUCCACAAUCUAAUGCCAACACGACUAUGCAGCAAAAAGUGGUCUUUUCUAGGAUCAGGUCAAAUUUGUACACCUGAGCUUAGCACGAGAAGUGCUUGUACGGGUGAUAGUGGUGGUGGGCUGGUGAGUGAGAGCGACGAUGGACGUUGGGUGCUGCUCGGUGUCAUUUCUUACGGCUCCAGCUGUACACAACUCCUCCAAAACGCAAAACCUCGAGCUCAAGUUUACACUUCACUCCUCUACUACACCGCAUUCAUUGAUCGCUUCACAGAUGCACUUUCUUCAUGGAUUACCAUUGUUUAG